UUUAAUCUCAUUCGCUCCGAUCCUCCAUGGCAGCAAAUAUAAACAACUUCCAAAAAACACGCGGGAACCACAUGCUGGAUGUGGGACGCCAUUGGAUAAGCUGUUUUCAGUCAAGUUUGAUCUCAAUAUGUCUGGUCUGGAAAAAGUAAUCAAAGACCUUGAGUUUGAAAAUGAGAAUUUGGUCAGACAAAUAAAAGAUGAAAUUGAAGCUAUAGACGGGAUUCAAAAAGAUAUACGUACAAAAACAACUGAUAAUGAGAAAUUAGAAGAAGAAAUUCAAAAAGGGAGUGAGUUAACUAAAAGUCUCCAUGAGCAGUUCAAGCAAAACAAAGAUAUAGCAGAAAGCCUAAAGAAUGCAACAACAUUACAGCAGAGACAUCUUGAAGAUUUAAAAAAUACUUUAAAACUAAAGUAUGACGAAACAAAAAAAGAAAGGGAAGAACAUGAAAGGAUAUUAGAAGGCUAUUCAGAGAAAUGGUUGAGAUAUGAAGCAGAGUAUGAGAAACACCCUAAAGCAAAAGAAAUUCGUAAACUUAAACUUGAUGCUGCAAAUCUUGAUGCUCAAGUAAAAGACAUAGAGGCUAGAAAGAAAGAGUUAGAAGUGGCCCUGGCACAAUUUGGACAUGAUAAAGCAAUUAUGCAGCAAGAAAAGAAAGAAGCUAUUGCGUCGAUUAUAAAGCUCGCUGAAUUAAAAAUUAACACAAAAACUCUGUUUGAAAAACUGCCACAGCUGGAAUGCAAGAGGCAGGAGACUGUUAUGAAGUAUGGUGAGAAAAAGAAAGAAUAUGAUGAAAUAAAAAAGAAAAUUGAAAAUGAAAAUAAAAAGCAUCAAGAAAGUAGUAAACAAGAAUCAACAAAACAAGAGAACGCUAAUGUCGAAAUCAAAGAUAUUCCACCAAAUCCACUGUCUCUUUCAUCUACAACCAAACUACCAAUGCCAAAAUUUACCGUUUCAAAAAUGAAAACCUCCAAACAUCUUCAACUACCUAAAAUGCCUCAACUACCAAAAUUUGGAAACUUUCUUUCGAGAUGCACUGCUGCAUUCAAGCCAGAUUCGAAAGCUAGCAUCCCCAAAUUACCAAGAAUAAAUGUGCCACAACAGCCUGCUGUGAAGACUAAUCUGGCAAACAUCAUUGUCCAUCGGGACGGAGAUGCGUUUACCAACAAAGGAACAUUAGAAGAGAGCAACAUGGAAGGGACGUAUACUGUACCGUUGGAACAAACUUCAAAAGAAUUUCUUAACCAGGAAUUGGGCAUGGAGAUAGAUGACAAUGUGCAAUCAAGAGCUUCAACACCUGCGUCAAAAUUCAACUUCAGUCCUAGCCAGCAUGCCGAGCAUUUGAAAUUGCUAAAGCAGUCACCUUCAGAUGCGUACAUGAGGGUUGGCCGACCAAUGUUUCAACAUGAUGUUCAAGAGAGUGUAUCCAAUGAUGGGAUGGAAGAUGAUUUUGCACAGUCUUUUAGUAGUGCUAACCAGUUCAUGGAGUUCCCGCGUGAGAAUAGUGGAAGUUCACAGACACCAGAGGCCCACACUGAUCACGAUGAUUCAUCUAUCGCAGCUGAACAAGAACCGCAAUCCUCACAAAACAUUCCUUUUGCACAGCCAUCUUCAGUCGCUUCUUCAAGUAUGGCCACAGAUGCGCAAUAUUCCGCCUCAACAAACUUUUCCACCAAUCAAAAGACCUCAGCAAAUAAUUCAACCAAACAAAACACACCUAAAAGUAGCUUUGAUUUUCCUGAAUCCUUUGCAACCCAACAAAGUCCUGUCGAAUUUAAUUUUAAUCUUUCUGGUAACACAGAUUCACCAGCGGGGACGAAUUUUAAUUUUGGUUCAAGCAUGGAGUUUGCUGAUUCUACUGACGCAUCACCAUUCAAUUUCAGUAGUCCCUCCAAUUUUAAUGCAUUUCAAGUACCGUCAUCCACGGAAGCAACCAACCAAGUGUUUAAUUUCACCACAAGUACAAACAAUACUCCUUCGCCUAUGAGUGGUUUUAACCUCGCCUCAACGAGCAACGCCGAACCAAGCAAAAACGAUACUUUUAACUUUUCGUUUGGAAACGUAAGUAGUCCGCCAGAUGGCGCAACAAACUUCGCCUUUUCGUUUUGAGAUAUGAUAUAGUCAUGUAAAAGAACCCGAAUUGUUAAGAAAACACUAUUUAUUUGGUUGUUAAUAAAAAGGAUGGGCAGAAGCUUUUAACCUUUUUCUUUGCUCCCACGAUUAAUGCGAAAGUUCAUUUAUGCCUCUUCUUCUUAGUUCAUUGGUUGUCGGGAAGGUACUUGUAUUUACUUUUACCCAACCACACUUAUCAAUUGAAAAUUAUUUUAUGUAAAUUUCGGAACCAUAUUUAUGGACUAAUAAAUUUCGCGCAAAAUGUUUUGCGCGGAACUCCUGAACACGCGAAGAUUAACAACGGCGAAAAAUACAAUUUUUUAAGGAUGCCUACAACAUCCAACUAGGAGGAACAAUUUAUCUUCCCUAUUUCUAGUUAUGUUGUGUAGGUUUGUGUUACGGUGUUCUUUAUAUUUGCGACAAUCUAUAGUUUACUAUUUUUAUGUUACGGAAGUUUUUGUUAGUUUUAAUAAAGUUAAUAUAUAUACGUGA